UUGGUGCCCAUUGAGAAGAGACUGUGGGGCCGGUGAGAACUGCCAUUGUAAAUGGCUUGUGGGCGAUCUGUGCUGGGAGUCGGCCCCUGUGGCUAGCCGAGAAGAGGAGGGGCAGGCCCCGGCCCCAGUCCCAGCCUCGGCCUCACGCAGCUGCUCAACUCCCCUCCCACCCUCAUCCCGGCAGCAUGGCGGCCUCCCUCACACUACACGCAGCGAGGACGCUGAGGACAUCGACGGGACGCGCCGCUCGGCACACACGCCAGGUGGUCCGAUUAAUCCCUGUGAGAUGGUUGAAUCUUCAAGAAUACCAGAGCAAAAAAAUCAUGGCAGAUCACGGUGUCACAGUUCAGCGAUUCUUUGUCGCUGAAAACUCACAAGAUGCUCUCAAUGCUGCUAAGAGACUGAAGGCAAAAGAAAUUGUUUUAAAAGCUCAAAUCCUGGCUGGUGGCAGAGGAAAGGGCAGCUUCACCAGUGGACUGAAGGGAGGAGUUCAUUUAACCAAAACCCCUGAUGAUGUUGGCCAGCUGGCAAAGCAAAUGCUUGGGUACAACCUCGUUACAAAGCAGACCACAAAAGAAGGUGUCAAAGUUAGCAAGGUCAUGGUGGCAGAGGCCCUGGAUAUUGCCAGAGAAACUUAUUUAGCCAUACUGAUGGACAGAGCCUGCAACGGACCGAUCAUGGUUGGAAGCCCCCAGGGAGGAAUGGACAUCGAAGAAGUAGCGGCCACCAAACCUGAGUUGAUAUUUAAGGAGGUCAUUGAUAUCUUUGAAGGGGUUAGAGAAGAUCAGGCAUUUCGAAUGGCUGCCAAUAUAGGAUUUAAAGGACCACAGCAGCAAAAGGCUGCAGAAGAGAUUCAGAAACUAUAUACUCUGUUUUUGAAAGUUGAUGCCACUCAACUAGAAGUGAAUCCCUUUGGUGAAACCCCAGAUGGGCAAGUUGUUUGCUUCGAUGCCAAGAUCAACUUUGAUGACAAUGCAGAAUUCAGACAAAAAGAAAUUUUUUCUCAGGAUGAUACAUCAGAAACCGAUCCCUUGGAAAGUGAAGCAGCAAAGUAUGAUCUUAAAUACAUUGGCAUGGAUGGAAACAUUGCUUGCUUUGUUAAUGGAGCCGGUCUUGCCAUGGCUACAUGCGAUAUCAUCGAUCUUCAUGGAGGGAAGCCAGCAAACUUUCUUGACCUGGGUGGUGGUGUACAAGAGAAUCAAGUGUACCAAGCAUUUAAGCUGCUUACUGCAGACCCAAGGGUCAAAGCAAUCCUUGUCAACAUUUUUGGCGGAAUAGUUAACUGUGCAAUCAUAGCAAAUGGUAUAACAAAGGCAUGUCGUGAACUUAAACUCGAAGUACCACUUGUUGUGAGACUUGAAGGAACCAAUGUUAAUGAAGCCAAGCGCAUCCUGAGUGAGAGUGGGCUGCCGAUUUCUUCUGCCAGCAACCUGGAAGAUGCAGCCAAGAUGGUAGUUGCCAGUGUGACUUCAAACUAGACUAAUGAAGGAAAUUUUCAAGAAAUGAAUUUUCUUUAUGUUGUACUGCUCAAUCAGCUAAUUCCACUAAUUUUGGAAUAAUAAUCUUCUGUGGUUAUUUUUCACCCAAUGCUGUGUUAGAUUUAAAGAAAUAUCAAUACAUUUAUAUAAAGUCUACUACUUUUACAGAAAAAAAGCUGUAAAUUGGGCAGAUUUUUACAAAUUUAUUGAAUUAUGUACUUCAAACAAUUCCUGCAUAUCAAUGGUUGUUAUAUCAUUUUUAUGAAAAUUAGGUUUUUCUAUUUCUGUGAAUUCUAAUGUCGUGAAAUACAAAUAGCUUUGCCCUUAAUCUUAAAAUUGAUUAAAAUGGCAAUACUGAUUUUACAGCAGUAAAACUGGUGCUGUUUUGUAAGCCUUAACCUUCCUUCAGUGCCAAGAAUACAUAUCUAUUUCCAGCUGGAAUAUACACAACUUGGCAUAAUUAAGUCAGUUGUACUGUUGACAAUGUUCCAGUGGGCAAACAAUCUUACUAAAUAUUUUUUUUUACUGUUGUCUUUGUGAAACUAUUUUAACUAUGCUAGAAAUUUACUGCCUGAGCUAUAUUGUCAUUUCAAACUUUUGUGACCCUUUUCAAGUCUACAGUACUUGAAACAACUUUGAAAGUAUCUCGGUACAGGCAAGCAAAAACUAAUUAUUUCCUCAGACCAUAUCCUGUAACAGAAAAUGUCUUCCAAAAGGUGAAUAAAAUGCUUUCAACUGU